AUAGUAUCCUUUCCACUAAGAAGGCAAGAGCUUCUCAGCAAGCCAUUGUACCAGAAGAGAAGGAUCAAGGAUGAUAGGUUGGGCUGAUAUAUAUAAGGUGGUGGUGGCCAUGGUGCCACUCUACGUGGCGCUGGGGCUUGGCUAUGGCUCAGUGCGGUGGUGGCGGAUCUUCACGCCGGAGCAGUGCGAGGCGAUCAACCGUAUGGUAGCCUACUUCUCCCUCCCCUUCUUCACCUUCGAGUUCACACUCCACAUCGACCCCUUUGCCAUGAAUUAUCGCGCAAUAGCAGCCGACGCCAUCUCUAAGCUCAUCAUCGUCCUAGUUUUAGCAGCAUGGGCCAAGUGUAGUAGCAAGGGGAGCUACUGCUGGUCCAUCACCAGCUUCUCACUCUGCACUCUCACCAAUUCUUUGGUCGUCGGCGCUCCGCUGCUCAACGAGAUGUAUGGCCGGUGGGCGCAGGACCUUGUGGUGCAACUAUCGGUGGUGCAAGCCAUCGUGUGGCUGACACUGCUCUUGUUCGUGCUCGAGCUCAGGAAGGCAGGGACCUCUAAUGGUGGUGGCGGCGGUGUUGUGUCUGUUGAACAACAGCCAGUGAAGGAUGUUGAGGGGAACAUGACCGAGGUGGCGAGCCGGCCGGCCUUCUGGUCACUGAUGAAGACUGUGUGGCUCAAGCUUGCACUGAAUCCAAAUUCAUAUGCAAGCAUCGUCGGCAUCACCUGGGCUUUUCUCGCGAACCGGUUUCACUUUGGGAUGCCGAGCAUCAUGGAGGGCUCAGUUCUGAUCAUGUCAAAAGCAGGGACUGGAUUGGCAAUGUUUAGCAUGGGAUUGUUCAUGGCAAUGCAAGAGAAGAUAGUUGCAUGCGGGCCAAGCUUGACAGCAUUCGGAAUGGCAUUACGGUUCGUUGCAGGGCCUGCAGCCAUGGCGAUCGGCUCCAUCGCCGUUGGACUUCGUGGUGAUCUUCUGCGUGUGGCAAUCAUACAGGCUGCAGUACCUCAAUCUAUCACUUCUUUUAUUUUUGCUAGGGAGUAUGGACUGCAUGCUGAUGUACUUAGCACAGCGGUCAUAUUUGGGAUGCUGGUUUCAUUGCCACUGUUGGUUGCUUAUUAUAUUGCUUUAGGCUUCUUUAAUUAAUUGCAUACUUUAACCUCCUUCGUUUCCUCUCCUUUAGGAAUAUAUUUUUCUUUCUUCUUUGGAUUUUGUCCAAAUUACUAUGUUGGACUCUUUCCAGAACUAUUGUGCCCACAUUCCUUCACUUGUUGCACAAGUGCAAUGAACUUUGGUUAAUAUAGUGGAACCAUGUACAAGGAGUAAUUAAUACUGUGAUCUCUCUCUCGAG